GUUGUAACAUGCGUUAUAAAUAGCACAAGUAAACCUAUGCUAAUAUAUGCAAGUACUCUGUUGUUCUACGGUUAUUUUAAACAUCCGAAAGAAACGUAAUUUAGAAAGAAACGUAAGAUUUCUAACGCUCAAACAAACAAGUUUAAACUAUAACAAAUAAUCUCGGGGCACGGUAGUGCUCCCGCCAAGACGACCAAACCGAAGGGCAAGGGCACUACUUACCUUUUAUCGAAGCGCUUCGUCGUUUUUAGGGUUCCGUACCGAAAGGGUAGAACGGGACCCUAUUACUAGUGUUGCCAGGUGAACGGAGCAAAAUUAUCGUAUUUGUGUUUAAAUUAUUGUACGUCUAUCAAAAAGGCACUACUCCCAAAAUUUCUUGCAAAAUAAGCCUAAAUGUCGAAUGUAUAAUCAAAGAAAACGCAAUUUUCGCCUACAUUGCGCAAAAUAGGCUUUUUAUUUGUGUGUUUUUGUGAUAAAUAUCCAAACGGUUUACAGAAAAUUUGGACAUUUUUGACGUAAACGAAGGAGCCAAACACCCAAAAGGUGUUCAUUGUAGCCUAUUUCUCAAGGAUCAUAUUUUGCUUCAAAAACUAGACUUUUUGGGUGGCAUCGUCCAAAGGCUGAAAUUAACGUACUUUUGCGUACGAUAAUGCUCUUUGGACCGUACAUCUCGCACUUGUCCGGUUUUUUUUAACCCUUAUAACUUGGGCUUGGAUUAUACCAGAUAAACAAUAUUCUCGGGAUAUAAUAUCAAUAGUGGACUUAUUAAGCAUAAAAAAAUUCUAUUGCAUAGCUCUCAUACUUUAGAUUUUAAUCAUAUGUUUUUAGAUAUGAUUAAAACUGAUGAUCAUCAAAACUCUUAGGUUACUUCCUGAAGUCGUAGGAAGCUGAAAUUUGGUAUAUAUAGCAUAGUAUUAUUACACAAACAACAAAAAAAUUCAAAAACUGGAAUUUUGUAUAGGGAAGGGAAUCAAUAACCACUGAAACAAUUUAUUUGAAAUUUGAUAUAUACAUAUGUAGUUUUUGUUAUGGGGAAGGAUAUAAAAUAGUUUCAACCCUAAAAUCACAUCGUAAGGGUGAAAAGCGGGAGGAAAAGAGCGUUAGAGGGAAAAGGGGGCUGAGGUUUGUUUAGGGAAUCAGUAAAAAAGCAGAUUGUAUAAAUUGUGCCUCCAGAUACGUAUUUCAGGAUUUUUGAUACUAAAUAAUAAGGCUCGCACUGUCAAAAAGUUAUCAGAUCUCUUAUAGAGCCAAGCUUCUAUAUAACGUUACAAAGGGCUUGUAGAUUUAGAUGCUUGGCUCUACAAGAGAUCUGAUAAGAGUUUGUGAAGUUAGGGCAACUUCAAAAACUUUAAUAAUAAUAUCAUAAAUACAAAUUAAAUACGUGCGUCUAAGUAGUUUACAAAAAUAAAACAGAACCCCUAGUGUAAAUUUAUUCAAUAGCGAAACGUGACGUACGCGUUUGCGUUAAGUCUCAUUUUGUAUAGGAUUUAGAAACAGCGCGCCAAGCGGGACGUUUUGGAAACCCAAAAUCCCAUACAAAAUGAGACUUAACGCAAACGCGUACGUUAAGUUUCGCUAUCGAAUAAGUUUACACAAGGGGUACAGUUAUACUAAGGAAAGUCGUCAGUUUAACGCAACACUAACGUUGCGUGAUUGCUAAUUUAACUCAUGGUCCUUCGAGCCGGAUAACAAGAGUUUUAGAACUUCGGAAUUGUCUUUCUUUUAUAAACAUCUAGAAAUAAGAUAGGUUUUAGGGUAUCUUAAGGAACGAAUGUCCAAAUAGAUUUAUUAUGUAAAAUAACUAGUGGAAUGAAAAUGAAAAACAUUGACUGAAACAAAAUUGAAAACAAACAUGAAUCAAAUCGAACUCUAAACACAAAUAAUAUUUUUUGUACAAAUCGAACGAUUCCCUAUAGAUGCGAGUCAGCAAAUAACUUUUCUUAGUGAAUUACCGGAGGCGGUUGGCGCGGUUUCCCCUACAUGAUCAUCGAAACACAGUAAGAAGUAAGACUGUACUAGCUUUAAGUGUUCUUAGUGCCUUUCUCCUUUGAGGAGCAAGGCGGCCCUCCCGCCGUUCUCCCUCCGUUCGAGAGGGCCAUUCAGAGUCGGUUCGCGAAGCUCUCCGUGCUUGCUGCUUCAGUUUGGCGGGCUUAGCGUCAGUCAACAGUCGUGCGGUACCUAUACUGCCAACCUCGCGGACACGCUUCGCGGGAACCGACUCGCGGCAACAACCGACAACCCACCCCAAAGUUUAUGUGCGCGUGAAUCAUGUCUAUAAAAUCAGACUAUUUGAUGCUUUUACGAUGGUUCAUCGUAAUAAAUAUUGCUAUGAGAGCCCGAGGUGCACUUUUGGAUGCGCAAUGCCGCUCCAGCUCAGACUGCGCAGUGCGGAACGCGCACUGCGAAAAUGGACUCUGCGCCUGCGAUCCAUACUUCGCUAAAGUUGAUAACUCCACGUGUCUUGAGUCAACGCUAUUGGGCUCGGAGUGCGUCGUAUCGGAGCAGUGCACCCUGAAGGUGGCUUACAGUGCUUGUUUGGAAGGCGUGUGCCGCUGCACCGACGGUCAUCUGCAGUUCAGGAAGCACACAUGUCUUUCUCCUGCACCACCUGGACAUGUCUGCUACAGCAAUGAACAUUGUCGGCUAUGGGACAGAGAAAGUCAUUGUGAAUUUGUCAUACCCAAUCUUUUUGGUAGAUGCGCCUGUAACGCAUUUUACCGAUUAACCGGCGAUAAAUGUGUGGCACAAAAACCGACCUUGGUCACAGAAGCGGUUGUUGCUGAACAGGAAACUGUGUUAGUGGAUGCCAAUGGAACCAUAUUGGAAAAUACUGUGAGUCAUAAGUCGCCCACGGCAUCCGCAUUUGUAAAUUCUGUGUCCGAAGAUUCUUUACGGCCAGCAAACACAUUCACGGAUACGUCAGAAGAUAUCAAGCCUAGUAAUUUACCACUGUUUACGAACAAAAACGAAAUACUAAGCACACAAGAAGAUAGUCCGCUAAUGCAGGCUGUUAUGAAAGUUCCCGAACCAACGAAAAAACUGCCGGUGUCAAACCGCAAAGAUGGAGAACCUAAUGAAACCGUUGGUAUCGAUGAAUUAACUGCCAAUUUGCAUGCAAACGAUCAACCCAUCUAUAGAGUUGUGACGCAACCAUCCUUAGAUAAGAAAAGUAAUAAAAAAAACGGAACACCUAAAGACCAGCAGAAGUACAAAACAGGACAUCAGAAGAAAUCAUCCUUGAAAGAUAAACACCGUAUCCGAGCAGAUUCCGUAGCUGAUAUCGGGCCGGCCUCUCUCGGAAUGCCUUGUUUAACCGACUCACAGUGCCAUCUUGUUGAUCCUUAUACGCGAUGUCUCAACAAACGCUGUGACUGUGCGUAUCGGACUAAUUCCACUUCGGCGUGCUCAGCGAGAAACAGAGGAUGCUUGCCGGGGACAUUCCAGUGCCGUUCGACUGGGGCGUGCAUCAGUUGGUACUUUGUCUGUGAUGGCCGAAAAGAUUGUCCCGACGGAUCCGAUGAAACUUGUCAAGGUACCGGUAAAGAUGGUACUGGUGAGCGGUGUCCCAUGCACGCGUUCCGUUGCGGCGGCGUGGGAUCUCAAUGCGUGUCGCGGGCGGCGCGGUGCGACGGAACACCUCAGUGCCCGGGAGGAGAGGACGAAAGGAACUGCCGGGCUACAAGGAGAAAAGGAUGUCCUCGCCAUACGUUCCGCUGUGGCUCUGGGGAGUGCUUGCCUGAGUACGAAUUCUGCAACGCCAUAGUGUCCUGCAAGGAUGGCUCGGACGAGCCUAAACAUCUCUGCAAUGAGCAGUCACGAUGGCGGGCCGCGGACUUCUGCCCGCUGCGUUGCGGGAACGGGCGCUGCAGGAGCACGGCGGUGGCCUGCUCGGGCCGGGACGGAUGUGGCGACAACAGUGACGAGAUCGCUUGCACCGUCUGUAGAUGUCCAGCACCACAAGAUAAACCUUGAAUUAGAGUGGAGCUCAACGAAUCAUUCUAGUGAACAUUCUUGACUGUCAGAUCUCAACUUAUAGUGCAUUUAUUAUUUGUCGAGUGAGAUCGUUCUGUCUCUGUAUACACCGCGAUAUCCGAGGCUGCUCAAAUGGGAACACUGCCUUUGAAUAUAAUGAGUUCUAUGUUUAAUUCUUAGCAAUAUCACUUCUGCCUAUAAAUGAGGCAAGUAAAAAACGGGACAAGAACCCUAUAAAACAUGGAGAGAGUAAAAGUAGAGGCACUUAUUUCAUGGACAUCUAAGUAGAACUCAUCAACGAGAAUGUACCCAACUAUAAAACAGUACGGCUACCAGGAGUUGACACUUGACGUUUACACGCUAGCGACUGCGUGAACUCGAUUGCAGUCCAUCUCGCUCGCACUGAUUUAUUGGUGCGAUUAAGAGGGAAUAAUUGCGUAAAUGUCAAAUGGUAACUCAUGGUAGCCGUGCAAUAGUUCUUAACCAGUAAGUAGUUUGUGGACCACAGAUGCGGUCUCUGGGAGUGAGAGCACCUCCGCGAAUCUAUAAAUUGAACGACGUUUUGUCGGCUUUAUUUGUCAUGGGUAUUUAUUUCCAAACCGAAAUUUUAUCGAGUAGGUCCUUAUGAUUGAAAGAAAUAUCUCCUACUUCAGUAAUUCUUAUUACUGAAGUAGGAGAUAAUGCGCCCUACAACAAGUAUUUGCCUCUCCUCUGCCUGUAUUUGAAGCACUAGUCCUAUGUAGGUAAUAUAACUUACCCUCUCAUUUGACUUUAUUUUGGACUUGGAAUUCUAACUAUAAGAUGUACCAGUAUCUAUAUCUUUCUAUCUUUAAGUAAGUGUUUCUGAUUUGAUUUUUAUUACACAUGUACCGAGCGUCUGUGCACGUAGAUUCUUAAAAAAAUAUGUAUACAAUUAAGAUAUAACGAAUUUGAAUAAUUUAUUAUAUAACUACACUAGCGAGCAAUGUUCUAAGUAUAGGCAGUGGCACGAUAAUAAUAGAAAUAAAUAAUAGUACGUUUAACUAGGUCAUACUCAAUAAGACUGAGGAGUAAUACUCUGGCUCUAAUUAACGUUUUUAGAAUAAAUAUUACCACUGCACUGUAAAUAUUAGUAAUUCGUAGGUCUGCGCUUAUUUACAGUUGAUAAUGAUAAUAUUAUAAUAUACACAUUAAUACAGAUGUGCGAGUUGCGAAAAGUUUCCAAAAAGUUGGAGAAGUUCUCAGGAAUAUCGGAAAAAUUUCACAGGAAACAAAGGAAACUUUCAUUUGGAAAAUAGAAAAUAUCGAUUGCCAUACAAAAAUAUGAGAAGAUUCGGAAAUUUUCCCUCGUGGAAUACCUAUUAUGGAAGGUUUCUGAACGUUCAGCGUUUGCAACGCAUGGCAAAUUAUUAGCGAAGAGUGACGUUUGCCAAGUCGAUUUAAUAGACAUCAGAAGUUAAAUUAUAAAUAGGAAACUGUCAACAAUAAAAAAAAUUGAGAGUCAUUUUCGCUCAAGCUGUCUAAAAUAAAUAAGGAGUCGAUCCAUCCUAUUGGUUUUUUAUUUUUGUUCCAGUCUCAUCAUAAACGGUUAAUUGUGAUCGCCCAACGAGCUCGCUCUAUCCUAAAUAUAAAAUUAGUAUUUGUUAAUGGACAUACACCUUGUCUAAUUGCAUCUUAUUAGUAUUCAAAUCAUAAAUAUUAAAUUAUACUUAGUUGUAAGCAGCUAAAUAUAAGUACAUACGUAUUAAUUCUUUUAAAAUACUAUGAUAACUUAAUUGCUUAUGAAUUGAACGUUCCAUAAGAUUUAAAAGCUUUGUUUAAAGUAAAAUAGCGGUAUUUUACUUCAAUCAAAGUUUAAAAGAUGUAAAUCUCUAUCAAAGAUCCCUAAAGCGAAGUAAUAUUGUCAAAAAUGUCGUAAUAUUAUGGGCAAACGCCAUCACCACCACUGCCCUUCUAAGCUAAAAAGCAGUAUUCCAAAUAAAUAAAUAAACGAACAUUUAGAUUGAGAUUUUAAGGGACACGUUAACAUUCAAUUUUCACUUCAAUUUUUAGCUUAGCAGGGCAGAUCAAGGGUUAUUGUGAGUCAUAAGAAGUAGAUUUAUUUUUUAAUCUGUUACUUUGAAUUUAUAGUUGGCACACUUAGCAAAAUAAAAUUACGGGCUCUGUGGAACUAUGUCACAUUAAAUGUCGUAGGUAUGUAAGUUAAAAUAAAUCGUGAGAUAACUCCUAAAUUGUCAAUUUGACAAAAAUCUAUGAUAGCCCACAACUGUGUUUUGUUAAGUGUUCAUAUCUUUAGAAUAUUGUAAGUUAAUUAAUUAUGGCUCAGUAAUAUUUAUGUUCAGAAUAAAGAUUACCCAUAGAAUUAUAAAACUGGUUGUAAUAUAGCGUGUUUUAUGUGUGUGAAUGUGAUAUUUAUUAAAUUACGAUAAAUUAUU